UCCGUUGUGUUGUGGUCCUAUUUGCAGCGCGUUUUUCUAGUUGCAGCGCGUUUUUCUAGUUGCAGCGCGUUUUUCUAGUUGCAGCGCGUUUUUCUAGUUGCUGCGCCUGUGUUGUAAUUUUGAUGGAUGUGUUUUGUGCUUUUGCAGCGCUUUUCAAUUUGCACUGCGUUGGGCUUUCUCGGCCACCGUAACCUCAUACUACUGUGAACUGGGAAAAGAAAAGUUUCACAAGUCUCAACAUUUUGAAUACUCAAAAGGAAUACCAUUAAUGGUGGGCGCAAAAAAGCCUGGCAUUGGAGGAGAACCGCUGCUCGGCCAGACGGCAAAACCUCAGUACUCAUUGUUUCCAAAAGAACAAGGCAGUGGUCCUUCAUGGUUAGCCUUCGACAAGCAGGUGCUUUGCUUUGAUGCAUAUUUCCAAGAACCUAUUACUCAGAGCAGAGAGGAAACAUACAGAGUCAGAAAGUGCAAAAUUUACUACUACUUGGAAAACGACACCAUACAGGUUGUGGAGCCAAUAAUAAAAAACAGUGGCAUGCAACACGGAACAUUGAUUUGCCGCCAUCGCAUUCCUCUCCCGGCUCCUAAUGAUGACCAGUUUUACAAUAUACAGCACUUUAAUAUCAACCAGGAGAUUGAGUUCUACUCCAGAACCUACAUGAUUACAGACUGUGACCCUUUCACACGUAACUUUCUGAGGAAGAUGGGGGUACGCAUUAAUUCCUCUGCUACAGCACCAGCAGAUCCUUACACAACACUUCGUCAGGAGCUGGAGGACAGCAUGAAGCCACGGCGCCCAUAUGAGAGGCAAGAUACUUUAAAGCAGUUCCUGGAGCACGAUCAUAAUGUCCUGCGAUUUUACUGCUACUGGAAUGAUACCGAGAGCAUGUUUGGUGACCCCAGAGAGCUGAUCCUGCAUUACUUUUUGGCUGAUGAUACCAUAGAAAUCCGAGAGGUUCUGUAUCCAAACAGUGGGCGGGACACCGCCCCUAAAUUUUUGAACAGGAGUAAAAUUCCUAAGAACGCUCCAACUCCGACACACCAGCCUGGAGAAGUUACAGGCCGCACUGUCCUCAAUGUGAUUGGACCAGUGGGACAAGGGAGUCGCUACAUUUUGGACAGGCUCAAUACAGGAGCUGUGGAGGAGGAGUUCUACAAGGACUCUGACCUGACAAUAGGAGGGGUCAUCAACGUCUGGGGCCGGUCAGUGUUGAUCUGUGACUGCGACAAUUUCACCAAAGAGUACUAUCGCUCCAAGUAUGGCAUCGAGGACUUCACCCCUGUACAAUACAAGGUCCCUCCGCCCCCAAAACCAGCCAGAGAGAUGCCUCCUUACACUGGCUUUGGAUCUGAAGAGGACUCGCUCUGUUCCUGCCAGGGUCUGAUACCCAAGGCGCCACAGAAAGACUUCAGGAAGCUGAUGGAGAAAGACAGGCAGGGUCUGGAGAGCAAUGUGCUCAGAUUUGUUGCGAAAAUCUUGACAAAUAAUGCCGUUAACAACGAACGCACCUUUAUCAUUUCCUUCUACCUGGGCGAUGACACUAUCGCAAUGUUUGAACCCACACAGAGGAACACAGGAGUGCUUGGUGGCAAGUUCUUGGAGAGAAGCCGGGUGAAGAAACCAGGGCAGGAGCUCUAUAAGAGUGAGAUGUCUGAGUGCUACAUGGCUCAGGACCUGUAUGUGGGAGCCAGACUCUGCAUAAGUAACCAGCUCUUCCAGCUAGUGGAUGCUGAUGAGUAUGCUUUCAACUAUAUGGAGCAGCAUGCAGAAGAGUUCCCCAGGGCCAACAUUGGCAUCAUCCUGAGCAAGUUAAAAUCCAUCCAUGCAGAGAAGCAGAAGGAGAUCAAACACUUCCUGGCAAACAGUGACCCAGGAAACACCGGUCUCAUUCCUUACGAGUCCUUCAGGUCUCUGUUGGCAGAUACGGGCUGUCAGCUGUCGGAGCAUGAGAUCAUAACGUUGGGCCGUACCUACUCACUGCGAGAGCAGCCUGAACCUAUUGUAGGCUUCAUGCUGGCUGUGGCUCAGGACCACCUGAAGAAGAAACUAUUUGAUAACUUCCCAGACCUGCUCCGAGCUUUCACCCAUGAGGAUCGGGACAGAACUGGACAUCUUUCAGCUAAAGAAGCUCGGACCAUCUGUAAAGCCUUCCGCCUGCCACUGGCUGAUGACCUUCUCAGAGCCCUUCUGCAGAAAUUUGCAAACGAGUCUGGGAAUAUUGAUUACAACGCUUUCCUCUCGGGAAUCAACUGGAGAGAGAAUCCUUCCCCGCCACUUCUACCAGAUGAUGCCAUAAAGUGUGAUGUAGACUGGAGCGGAGAAGCUGUAGGCCCUGCAGUAACAGCCGUCAACUACUCUCUGUUACUGGAUGAUGUCUUUGGCAGUGCUGGCAACAGUGAGAGCAGCUGAGAGGUACUGAGAUCACCUCUCUCUCCCUCAAACACACCAGCAUUAACUUCGGAGAACAUGCCUGCUGUAUGUAUUUUCACAAACAGAAAAAAAGAAAACGUUCAAAUAAAUUCAUACAUCUGUCGCAUUA